AGAUUUUCAAUGUUGUUACUGGAGCCAGGCGAGAUUUAUUUCGAGGAUUAUUCUUGUACACUCAGUGAUAAUGAGUUAAAGAAAGAAAAUGCGAAACAAGGUCGAUUAAAACUGUGUUCCAAGUCUCUGGUCUUUGAGCCCAGAGAAUGGGUACACCCACUUAUAAAGAUGCAAUUCAAAGAUUGUGCUGACAUCACAGUAGUAAACCAGCUAACUGAGAAUAACAUUAUUAGAGUGAGGAUGAAGAUGUAUGCUGAGAUGCUGGAGGAGAACAUACUGGCACCUUAUAAAUUUAUUUAUGAAGAUAGAGAUUUUUAUGUGUUCUUUGAUUUUGCAUCAGCUGAUGAAUGUUUGAGCCAGAUGCAGCAGCUUAAAAGGGCCUCUACUUUACAUGCUCCUGAGCACAAUAGUAUGAUAGCCACAAUACUCCACUCUAGGUACAUGAGGAUGGAGUUUGAUCCUGUCAUGAUGGAUGACUUCACUGAACAAAUAGUGUGUGAACUACAAGCUGAGAAAAUCUCUCCUCUUGUCAGACAUCAGGGCAAGCUAGCAUUAACUCCAACUACCAUUUAUUUCCAGCCAUUCAGUAAUGUUGAAGGUAGCCCUAUCCUUAAGUUGAAACUGAGCCAUUUAAGAAGGAUGUAUAAAAGAAGAUUUUUAUUAAGGCAAGUUGGGCUGGAAAUAUACAGUGCAGAGGAGAGCUCAGUUCCCCACAUAUAUGUAACAUUUCAGUCAGAAAGAGAUAGGGAUAGAAUAUACAAGAUUCUGGAAGAAUCACCCAAUGUGCAGCUAGAGAAGGUUCACACAGAAGAAAUGACACUGCAGUGGCAGAAUGGAAUCGUUUCCAACUAUGAUUACCUGAUGUAUUUAAAUUGCCUUGCAGAUAGGAGCAAGAAUGAUCUCACACAGUAUCCAGUAUUUCCUUGGGUAGUAGCCGACUACACUUCAGAAACUUUAGACCUAACAAAUCCAGAUACAUUUAGAGAUCUAUCGAAACCAAUGGGGGCUUUAAACCCAGACAGACUGGAAAGACUCAAAGAAAGGUACCAUGAGAUGAGUGAACCAAAAUUCUUAUACGGAUCUCAUUAUUCUGCACCCGGACUUGUUUUAUUUUAUCUAGUUCGCAAAUACCCAAAAUACAUGUUGUGCUUACAAAACGGCAGAUUCGAUCAUCCAGACCGAAUGUUCAAUUCAGUGAGAGAUGUCUACAACAACUGUUUGAGAAAUAUGUCCGACUUUAAGGAAUUAGUUCCCGAAUUUUACGAUACAGAAUGCAAAGGCGAUUUCUUGGUGAACCAGUACGAGAUCAAUUUUGGGGAGCGCCACGAUGGGACCAAGGUCAACAAUGUUGCGCUCCCACCAUGGGCCAAGUCGCCCGAGGACUUCGUAGUAAAAUUAAGGGAAGCUCUCGAAUCAGAAUUUGUAUGCAGACAUUUACAUUUAUGGAUCGAUCUAAUAUUCGGCUACCGACAAAGAGGCGAAGAGGCAGUUAAAGCUAACAAUGUGUUCCACCACGUAUGCUAUGAGGGUGCGGUCAAUCUCGAAUGUAUUUACGAUAUGAACGACAGGCACGCACUAGAGGUGCAAAUCAUGGAAUUUGGACAAGUGCCGAAGCAGCUCUUCACAAAACCGCACGUCAAAAAAAUAAUGCCGCACAUUGCUAAACCACUGUCCAGUUUACAGGACAAAGAUACUUAUAAAAUGGAAUGCGUCGAUGUAUUACAAUUGCAUAAAGAGGCUGUAACUUGUGCUAUUCGGCAUGGAAAUAGAAUUAUAUCUGUGGGAAAGGAUAGCACUCUCAAAGUAUACGAUACUGUUUUAAAAAAACAAAUAAGGAGCGUCAUUCUCAGUUCUACUCCUUUAAGUUCGUGUGUAAUGGUCGAUGAUAACACGGUAGCUGUUGGUUCCUGGGAUAAUGAAAUAUAUCUGUAUGAUGUAGAAUAUGGGAGAGUUGUGGAAAGUUUUCGUGCUCAUGAUGAUUCUGUCAGCUGUUUGUUGUGGUUAGAAAAAGAGCGUCUAUUGAUUUCGGGUGGAUGGGACGGCGUAGUUCGCGUGUGGGGCAAUGUCGGCAGGAUCGGACAGGCUCUGCGCGGACUGAAGGCGGAAUUUGAUCACGACGAGAAAAUUACAAGCCUUACGUAUAGACGCCGCCGCCACGAGAUCGACAUAAUAGCAGCUACAGGUGACGGCGAGGUGUUCAUAUGGGACUACACGUCGAAGGACCUGGUGAACAAGAUCAGCGUCCACUCGUCGCCUGUCAGCGGCGUCUGCUUCGUGCUGUCCGGAGACAGGGUCGUUACUGCCUGUGAUGAUGGAGACAUGAGGGUCACUGACCUUAGUGUUCUGGAUUCGGUAUACCAGAAACACAUGCCAGCGCCAGUGACGUCACUGUGCUGGGACGGGUCCACCGUGCUAUGGCUUGGCUGCGGAGACGGAACGUUACUGCAGUGGAACAUGUUGACGGUCACACAAACCAGUGCACAUAAGGCUCAUAAUGAUUCUAUCAACAACGUCUAUUUCGACGAGAUCUCAAAAACAUUGAUCACUGCCAGUGAAGACAAAAUAAUCAAGAUCUGGGAAACUAAGCAUAGUUCCUGA